AUGACAGCUGGAGCAUGUUACUGGAGUGGCAACGGCACUUACAGCUGCCCUUGCCUUGGCCGAGGCCAGUCCAAUGCCUCCGAAGCUUCAUAUGCAACUUGCAUGGAGUGUGGCCAUCCACUCAGAAAUCACUUCAGAAUUGGGCACCAAAUCGACCCACAUGAUCCUUAUGCUAAUCAGGUUCUCAUACCGAGACACCAAACCGUGAGAAAGCUUGCCAACCUUCUCUAUGAACAAAGAGUGGUGCUUGCCCGUGGCACCCCCUUCGCAGGAAAAACCUUUCUCGCCAAAUCUCUGCAUACCUUCCUCCGAGGACAGGGAGUUAUGUCGGUUUUUAUCAGACGAUUCCCCCUUAGUCUAGAGGGUGGUCCCUCGGUGCUACAGUAUCUGGCCGACGCCUGUCAGGCCCAAGGUUAUCCGGUAUCUCCCCUCACCCUUAUGCGCCACUCUUUUGUGUUCCUCAUCGACGAUGCGCACAUGACUUACAAUAACUCUGAGCUAUGGUUGCUUAUCAAUAGGGCGAAUGAAGACAAUCUCGCGCACCUUGUAGGACCCAGCUUCUGUAUGUUCAGUGCAUUCGGUACCCCGGAUAAGGGUAUUAUGCCACAAAACAUAGGAAGUGACCUGCUGGUAUUCGAUAAGAGGCAGCGUCUCUUCUUGUCUCAGCGUUUUGUCGAGGAGAUCACUAUUUUCUACACCCGCGAAGAGUUCGAUCACUACGUUGAAAUUCAUCUCCAGAAUCGAGGCAACGAUUACAAAAUCUGCGAGGUGCUAAAAGAUAGAAUCUUUGGCUUAACCGAGGGACAGCCUGGAUUGAUCACUGCAUUCAUGGGUCUCUGCGAUAUGUGGUAUGAAUCGUUUUACGCACAGGACGAUGACAUGAAUGACAUGAUCAGCUUGGAUGAAUAUGAAGUUGCACGGUUUUUCCAGAUCCGCGGUGUCCUGGAGGCAACCAUCGCGAAGAUUGUUGACUUCGCAGGUCUUCCACUUUCGGCUGAAACCUUUUACCCCCCUGAACAGGAGUUCCAAGUUCUUUGCCAGGCUGAGUUCCUCGGGGCGAUAGGCCUUCCGUUCGACCCACAGAAUGAGGCUAUGUUAUCGUGCAUCACCAAAGGUUGGCUGCACAUGGAAGAGGAUCACGAUGGAAGCUUCAGAUGUUACUUCCCAACCGCGUUUCACAGCAGAGUUGUGGAGUACCUCAUCGGGGUCCGGGAGUGUCGAUACCCCAAUCCGCCGACAUUGGAUGGAGGCGAGUUUGAAUUGAUGUUGGGGAUUCAAAACAUGACGAUUUCCUAA